AUGCAUAGGGGGCCUCCGCAGCAGUCUCCGGAAGACACCGAUGAACGGAGAGCUCCCAGAGGUCGCGGCUUGUACAGUGAUCGCGUUCAGGAUGAUGCAGCCGCCGAGGCAUCCGCCUUGCAGCAGCAGCUCCAGCAGCUGCUGCGUCUGCAAGACAACCAAAUGCGUUCCAAUCAUGCUCUCGGGAGACGCCUCUUCUCAGUAUUCAGCGGCGAGGCCCCCCCCGCUGGCCCCUCUGCCGCAGCCGCUGUGAACCUUGCAGCAGACGAGGCACCAGCGAGCGACGCCGCUGCUGCUGCCGAUCGUACAGCAGAGGCAACAGCAGCAGCCGCGGAGGCUGUCACGGCAGCAGCAACGCCCCUGCAGGCACGUGCCGCUUUGGGAGCCUUGUGGCAGCAGCAUCACUGCCCACGUCUCGCUGCGUUGCAGCGCUCGCUGAGGACAGAGCGACCACAGCCAACAGCCCCCUGGCCGACAGACGCCUCCGCAGAUGCAGCAGCAGGCCUCCAUCAGAAGGCCCUCCUUGAGGCGCUGCAGCAGGUUCAGGGGUUCUAUCGGUCGCUCUAUAAAAAGUUUCGCUGGCGUGCCUCCCAGGAAACGCUUCAAGAAGCAAAGUCUCUUCGUGCUGCAGGCGUAAGUCUCGCAGCAGCAUCUGCCGUAACCGCAGCGGCUGCCGCUGUUGCGGCUGCAACAGGAGUACCAGAAGGCGCUGCCUCUCUCAGCGCGUCUUCCGUAGAGACUGGCGAGUCAGCAACAGUGGCGGCGGCAGCAACGAAAGAAACAGAUAUGUGGGGAGAAGCCGAAGAGAGACUGCUCGAGGCAGAUGCUGCCGUCGAAGCGUGCGAAAAGGGCGCCUCUACGAUGCACAGUCACCGAUUUUGCAUGCGGCACAUCCUCGCGCAGAUCAAAGUUAUCCUCGCUGACCUUUCUGGCACCCUGCAAAGGACGUGUUUGUUGUACGGGGAGGCCUUGAGACUCUUUCCUAUGGACGCUGCUGCCAGCACGCAGCUUUUCCUCGUGUAUUUCCGCAUCUUUGGAACCCUUCAGCGCCGGCUACAGCAAGUUGCAAUGCAGAAGCAGCUACCCAGCAGGAAGGAUCCCCUUGAGGCCUCUGGUGCUGACGAUAGUCCUGCUGGAAGGGCGGAUGCUGUUGCAGCUUCGUUUGCUGCGGCGUCUGUCUAUUGGGCAUUUCGAGCUGCUAUUGGGCCUUUUGCGGGCGGUAAUCAGGACGAAUUGACGCUGCUGUUACAGCGCCUCAGUGCCACUGACUUUGGACUUCCCCAACAACAACAAGCGCUGGAAACGCUACAGGCGGACCAACAGCAGCACCUAUGCCACAUGCAACGCUGGUGCUUGCUGCAGCGCGACUUUGCCCAUUUGCUGCAGAGUAUACACUUGAGACUAGAUCUUGAUGAGCUACCGAAGGCAACUACUGCGUUUGCAGCACAGCUGAAGGCGCUGCUGGAAGAAAGCUCCUUAGGACCCUCGGAGUUCCCCGUGUUGCUGCUGCUGCAGUUGGCUGCAGCGGUUGCUUUCCUAAAAGCCACGGGGGCUGCAGAGAAACUGCAAAGCUCGACCGAGGGUGUUUUGCAUGCAACAAGGAGACUGAGGCAGCAGCAGCAAGAGAUGCAGCAGAGCUACAAGGCGCAGCAACAACAACGCCAGCAGCAACAGCAGCAGCUGCUGCAACAGAUGCGGCAGCUAGAGCUGCAAAGGCAGGAGGACCUGCACAGGCAACAGACAGAGGCCACGAAUGCGCGAUGGGAGCAGCUGUCGUCCGAGCUUUACGGCAAGAUAACAGAGGGUCUGUUGGAUAUGCUGCAGAGACAAGAGGAACAAGAGCGGCAGAAGAGACUUUCGGAGCAGCAGCAAGAGCAACCCGAGCUGCUGCAGUUGCGCAAGUUGCGCCACGGGACGCCUCAAAUGCAGGCUGCUCUCGAAAUAUGCUGUCGCAUCGCUGAAACAUAUGUUGCUGCGGCUCGUACUGCAUUGUUACGCUGUCUAGACGGAGCCGUACCAGCAGCGGGUGCUGCUAAUUUUGUCGAGGCGUGCUGCUCUCCGGACAAGGAGAAUAGCCAAACAGUGCAGCGAACAACCUCUUUGGGUGGCUUUAGCGGCACCGGCAGCAAAUCUGAGAGUGCUUGGGGAGAUUGGAUAAUCGCGAAGGGCAGUUCCUCCACGGAGGCCGCCUUUGUGGCUGCUUUACUGUCACCGCUACAGGCGCUCUUGCUGCUGUUUCAGUCUUUUCCUGACCUAGAUCGUGCGGAUACGCCUUGCAUUUCUGUUCUUCGGAAAAGCCUGUGCUCUCUUCUUCCACUGCUCUUUAAGUGCAAGGUUAUUUUCUGUGCUGCUGCUGGCCGCCAGCGGGACCGCCGGCAGCAGCAACAGCAACAGCAACAGCAACAGCAACAGCAAAAGCAGCAGCAACAGCAGAAGGAUUCCUGUAAAGACGCACUGUGGGAAAUACAGAAUGCAUUGCAUGCACCGCUACCCGAGGAUCGGUUGCUCUUAGGUCUCCUGAAGAUGCCGCUCGUGCUGCCGUCUAAAAGUCAGCUGCUGCAAGUCCAGGCUUCGGAGAAGGAGGAGGUUUCAUCCAAGGGUCUUUCUGCUAAAGGCCCGCGUAGUAUGCUUGAAGAUGACGGCGAUCACUUGCUGCUGUUGCGAGCGCCCCUCAUUGUCUGCAGUUCUCAAAGCACUCCUUCAGAGAAAUCUCAAAAGGUCGCCCUGAAGACUUCCUCUUUGGCAUCAGCCUCAGCAGUCCAGGCGGAGCUUUCUCCAGAGACUGUCUCCGGAGCUGCUGCUGUCAGAGGAGCCGCCAUAGACGCCUCGGUGGAUUCUCGCUCAAGGGCGGCCUCCCCACAAAGCCCUCCAGAGGCGUCUUCAGUAAGCUUCUUCCCUUGUGCUGCAAUCCAACCUGUAGGGAACUCGUCGGUGUCUUCCUUUGGAGCGAUUCCGGCAGCGACUUCCCUAACAAAUAGUCCUAAGAUCGCCCCUUCGGGGGUUUACGUGCAGGCUUCCGGGGAGAAGACGGCGCAGAGCGUCUCUGCGGAGGCAUUUGAAGAAGUGGAAAUCAGGCUCGAGAGCGUUACAGUGGCGGGGGGGGCAAUGGAUGCAGCUGCCGCAGAACACCUGUGGGGGCAUCAUCCCUCCCUAGCUGCGACACGCGCGGCUAGGCUUUUGCUGCUGCUGCUGGAUUCGGAUGAAGCCCGACAGGUGCUUCAGGAGGAGCAGAAGAAAUUGCAGGUCCAGGCAGCCGCACAGCGGCUGCAGGAUGCGUCAGAAAAGGCUGCGGCGACGUUCUUCGCGCGGCAACAGGCGGAAGACGCAGAGUUGCUGCAGCUUCACGAUGACCGCUGGCAGGCCUCUUUGCAGCGGUCGCAGCAGCCGCAGUUAUACCAGCAGCUGUCUUCGCGCGGUAGAGCGCAUGCGCGGGGAAACUGGGGAGCUUUGAAGGGCCCUUCGAACCACAGAGGUUUCCGAGGCUUUGUCCACAGUGGAGGGGGCCUGAGAGGCCGCAGGGGCGGCUACGGUGGCUCAUGUGUUGUCUCGCGUCCUACUCAAGAGGGAGGCGGUUUGCCUCGGUGGAUGGUGAGCGAGUCUGGAGCAUCUGGCGAUGGCGAUACUGAGGGCAGCAGUCUGCGGCAGUCGGAGGGUCGCUGGAAUGCAGUCGCUUUGGAGUGGGGUUCCCAUCCAAGAGCUCCCGAGGGUGAUCGCGAUUAUCUCGUGGUAAUUGAUGGCAGCAACGUCGCCAUGCGCCACGGCGAUACUGUGAAGCGAGAGCGGGAGGGCGGCAAACUCUUUUCUACACAAGGCAUCCUCUCGGUGCUGGCCUAUUACAAAGACAGAGGCUACAAGGUGAGAGUCUUUGUUCCAGAUUACGUCCUCUCGUACUCUUCCGUCGCCGAAGCAAGGCGGCAGGAACGUGCACAGUUACCUGUCAACCAGGCACGCCUUCCAGAUUCUGUUGAGGCACUCAAGAAACUGCAGCGAGAAGGCACGCUGAUCUCGACUCCUCCUCAGGAUUAUGAUGAUUCCUACUGUAUCAAGUACGCGCUAAUGAAUAACGGGUGCAUUGUAACCAACGACCUCUAUAGGGAUAUUACAAAUAGGGUGCCGAACAAGAGCCAGCAGACUGCGCUUCGCGCCUGGCUUAAAAGGCACGUCAUUUCUUUUACCUUCGUAGAUGGAGAGUUUCUCCCUAAUCCAGAGUUUCAAUGGCCCCCUGUUGACGACCCCGCCCCUACCAACAUAUCCUGGGAGGCCCAACCAGUGGCGGUGCAGCAAGCAUCGGGGCUUGGGGACGUAGUAGGUUUCGAGGAAUUUACCUCAACGAAAAGGAUGCAGUCAAUGGCAUUCACAUUUGCUUUCGGGGUCUAUUGGAGUCUUUACAUGUUGGCUUCGAUUAUGCCCAGAAAGAAACGCGGAGGGGAGGAAAAGGGUGCUUGUAGGAUGGCUUGGGAAAAGGGUUAG